AGGGUGGAUUGGGGGGGUGCGGGGGGUGGGGUGAAAUAAAAAACAAAACAAAAACAAACAAAACAAAACAAAAACUGGAAUACAUAAACCCUAUUUAGCUCAGCUAAACACAAUUCUGCAGUGUUACCAAUUUAACAACAGAGAUGACAGUGGUAGCAGGUGAUAACAUGGAUGAGACGUCAGCCUUGCCCGGGCACCCUCAAGACAGCUAUCAACAUUCUGACCUCGAUGACCACGAGUGCUGCGAGAGAGUGGUCAUCAACAUAGCCGGGCUGCGUUUUGAAACUCAGCUUAAGACGCUAGCCCAGUUCCCCAACACAUUACUGGGCAACCCCAAGAAAAGAAUGCAGUAUUUUGAUCCCCUGAGAAAUGAGUAUUUCUUUGACAGAAACCGUCCCAGUUUCGACGCUAUCCUCUACUAUUACCAAUCGGGAGGACGACUGAGAAGGCCUGUGAAUCUACCUUUGGAUAUGUUUACAGAAGAGAUCAAGUUUUACGAGCUCGGUGAGGAGGCAAUGGAAAAAUUUCGCGAGGAUGAGGGUUUUGUCAAAGAGGAAGAGCGCCCUUUGCCGGAGAAAGAAUUCCAACGACAAAUCUGGCUUUUGUUUGAACACCCUGAAAGCUCAGGUCCAGCUAGGGGAAUCGCUAUAGUAUCUGUUAUGGUAAUUCUGAUUUCAAUCGUCAUAUUCUGUUUGGAAACUCUACCUGAACUAAAAGAAGACCCUGCGGGCAGGAUACACACUGUGGGGAAUAUGACCUACUAUUACAAACCAAAUAUCUUUACCGACCCUUUCUUCAUCGUGGAGACGCUCUGCAUAAUCUGGUUCUCUUUUGAGUUGAUUGUCAGGUUUUUCGCUUGCCCCAGCAAAGCAGAAUUCUUUAAGGACAUUAUGAACUUUAUUGACAUCGUGGCCAUUAUCCCCUAUUUCAUCACGCUGGGCACUGAGCUGGCAGAAGAAGAGGAUGGAAAAGAACAGAAGGGAGAGCAGGCAACAUCGCUGGCCAUCCUCAGGGUUAUUCGUCUGGUCAGGGUUUUCCGAAUCUUUAAGCUGUCUAGACACUCCAAGGGGCUGCAGAUUUUGGGACAGACCCUCAAAGCCAGUAUGCGAGAACUGGGGCUGUUGAUUUUCUUCCUUUUCAUUGGUGUUAUCCUGUUCUCCAGCGCAGUGUACUUUGCUGAAGCCGAGGAGAAAGAGUCUUACUUUUCCAGCAUCCCAGAAGCAUUCUGGUGGGCUGUGGUUUCCAUGACCACUGUUGGCUAUGGGGACAUGUAUCCAGUAACUAUUGGGGGUAAAAUCGUGGGAUCAUUGUGUGCCAUUGCUGGAGUGUUGACGAUUGCUUUACCUGUACCUGUGAUCGUAUCCAACUUUAAUUACUUCUAUCACAGAGAGACUGAAGGGGUAGAGCAGGCUCAGUUACUGCGUGUUAGUACCCCCAACUUAGCUUCUGACAGUAAUUCAAGUCGUCGCAGUUCAUCCGCCAUCAGCAAGUCUGAGUAUAUGGAAAUUGAGGAGGACAUGAACAACAGUAUAGACAAUUUAAGAGAUGCAAAUCUCAGAACUGGCAACUGCACUGUAGCCAACCAAAACUGUGUUAAUAAAAACAAGCUGCUGACUGAUGUUUAACAAAACAAUCAAA